AUGGUUGCCAUCAGUGAAAGGGCGGAAUUCCCGGGUGCAGGCACAGACCAGGGUCGCCUGAGCGCCCAGCAUGCACAACACCAGCAGGCGGGGCUGAACCGGGGACCGGCAGCGAAAGUGAAACCGGCGCCGCAGGAAGAGUCCUCCCGGAGGGGAGGGUGGCCGGAUGCGGCGUCUGGACACAGGCGCCACGACCUGGCUGGCGUCUGCCGGCGCCACGACCCCGACCCAGAACCCCUGCGGGUCCCCGGCACUGCAUCCCCGCGCCCCCGCCCUGUAGAGCAUCCUGGCACCCAUGUGACCCGCACCCUUUACCCGCGAAACCGCUCCCAGGCAGCGCGCGCGCACCUGAGGCACCGCCCCCGCGCCCGGCACUCCCGCCCCGCAGGGUUUCAUUUUCUGGGUCCAGGCCGGACCCUCCUCCUCUCCCUACCGGAGUCCGGGAAUCCGUGCGGGUGUGACCGGAAUUUCCCCGCCUGGUGUCAGCCCCCAGUGACUCAGCCGGUGCGGCGCCUCCUGCCCCUGCGCGCGGACGCGGGCAGCACCCAGUGCUCCCUGUCCGGUCUGCACCUGGGUCUCCCCAGUCGCCCACGCACCGCUGAGCAGAUCCCGGAGCCCUUGGCAGCCGAGGUUAGGGGUGCGCACAGGUCUCCCAACCCCGUGCCCAGAAACUUGGACGGAGUUCACCGCCUUGCAGCACCACCGGACAGCAGGGGGAAGCAGGGGAGCAGUAAAGAGGUUUAAACACUCCGCAUGGGAGAGGACAGCCACUGUGCAUCGGGGUAGAUGAGGCUGCGGUGGCUGGCGGCUCACCUCCUCUAGGGAGGCCUCCACCCACCGUCAGAGCCCAGUCGAGCUGGAGGCGCAGACUUCGGAGCAGAACCAGGAACGCAGGGUCCAGCCAUCCGAGAGAAAGCUGUUUGGAGGAGGAGGUCCGACCUCCCACUUCCUGAGACGUCGGUUCCAGCCGGUCAGUGUGGGCACCCUUUGACAGGCGGUAGUUCGGAGCCGCCAAGUGCUCCAGAUCGGAGGCUGUGGAGCCCCAGGCACCGAGAAUCUGGCGGGAUGGGGCCCCGUCGACAGGACGGCUAAACCGAGGAGACACCUGGCGCCCUGAAGAACCAGGUCAAAACUCACAAGCCCACCCAGGAAAGGCUGGGUGAAGGGCCCCCGCAUCCACAAGAAGGGCCCUUCCUCCCCUGCCUGCUGGUGCUGCAGUAAACGUGUUCACGGGAAUGUCACAGGAGGUUUGAAAGCAAUAAAAAAAACCCUGUGACAUAAAUAACAUAUAAAUGUUCUGAUGUGACUAAAAAAUGACCCAAGAC